ACAACGAGAUUGUGAUGAACCAGGACCAGAACUAGAACAAAUGAUGAGAAUGUUCAGUUAUCACAUCACAUCUCUUUUACAAAACAACAACAACCAGUUUCUACAUCAACAACAACUUCAACUUGAACAAUUCGAAUGACUGCGACUGCUCUCCUUGCUGCCCUGAGUAACAGAUGGACAGACGAAGAAACCUGGCAUUUGGACAAAUGCCAUUUUCUACUUCCCUUUACGGGGCACAGCAGUGCAACUUUUCUGUGCUACAGAUGCAGCAAACCAUUCAGGGCCUCAGAAAUGCCCUCUACUCCGCCAUCAAUGAGAUCAGGACUCUGAAGGAAGACAACAAGGCUCUGAAGGAGCAAGUCAACCUGCUGGAAAAUGGUCAGAAUAAAAUGGAGAGCCAGCUUCGGCAGGAGCUCAAAGAAAAAGAUGAACUCCUAAACACAGAGAUUGAGAAAAGGAGAGCUUGCACCAAAGCCAUCGAUGCCUGCCAGGUCCUGCUCAGUCAGAAGUGUGAGGAGCAGAGACUCAUCAUUUUAGAGCUGGCUCUAAAAGACCAGAAAGAACAGGAGAAUAAAUACCAUGAGAGGAUGGAGGAAGAAAACAAGAGAGCUGAGGAUGAACGGAGGAGAAUGGAGCAUCAGCUCAAGAAGGAGCCUGAGGAUAAACAUGUGCUCCUUAAAAAAGAAAUUAAGAAAAGGAGAGCUCGCACUAGAGCAUUUGUCAAUUCCCUGGUCCUGCUCAAUCACAAUGAGGAGAUUAAGGAGAGCGAAGAGCAGAGGCCCAACACUUUGGAGGCGAGUCAGAGAGAGGAACUGUCUUGGAAAGAACAGACAGAGCAGGAGGAGGAAAAGAUUCAAGAAAAGAUAGAGAACCAAGAUGAUGAACAGAUGAGGGAAAACACCAGGAGGAGAGAAGAUAAAGAAAUUAAUCUGAAAAAAGAGAAGAAGCCACAGAGGAAGACAGGGAAGAAAAAGAACAGGGGUUAGCUACACCCCUUUCCCCCUUCCAAUGUUACCCACCACACAUCCUCCCCCACCUUUUACCUUCUUUCCAAAACAAAUCCUUCAUGUUUUGUCAUGUUUGUGAAAUAUAUCUUUUCAAAUUUU